UAUUAUGAAAUUCCAAUAAGAUCACGGCAUCAUAAAUGAAACGAAGUGUAUUUUCUGAAUCUUACUUGUAAAUCAUUAAUAUAAUAUUUAAAUCAUACAAAACAUGCUCAACAUCGGUGUACUCAAUAGAGUAACCCAACAGCAAACGGACAAUCAAGAUGUACCCUCAAAAACAACAAACCCCACAAACGCAUUCGCCUUGGCCGCUCGAAAUCGCUUCUGCAGGCUCUGUCUGCGCAAAUCCUCUGGCUUUCUGCUUCCUCUGUUGACAAAGCUGGAACUGGUCAGCGUCAUGGAAAUGCUGCUCGAUGUAACCGGACUCGAAAUCGAAGGAAACCCACUGUACCCCACCAAGGUUUGUACGGACUGCAUGACCAAGCUGGACUACGCGUACGCUGUACGCCAGGAGUUUCUCAACAGUGCCGAGCUGUUGCUUAAAAUGGCAGUCGAAAAUCGACUGCCAGCCUAUUACUCUCAAUAUGAAGAUAAUGGUGGGGAGCCUAAUAAAGGUGACGAUAAAAGAGAGCAGUUUUUAGAAACGGAAAUAGAUGUUAUACCAGCGGGAGCAGAACGAACGGAGCAAGUUGAAGCACAAGGUGAUGAUCAUUUGGAUUGUACUCCUGGAAGCCAAGACUCCACAGAUAUACAUGAUAGUAUACAAACUGAAGAAGUUCAAAAAUCUGUUGAUGAGAAUUCAGAGCCAAAAAAGGAGAAGUUCAUUUAUUCUUGGAAAGAAUUAAUCAAGCCUAAGCGAGUUAGGAAAGAGAAACCAAAGAAUGCACUGUCCGGUAUCAACCGAAAGGAGAAAGCCGAUGCCGAACUGUUGGCCCAAUUUCCCCAGACAACAUGCUACAUUUGCGACACGCCUCAUGAAACGCUGGAUGAACGAGACGAACAUCUCAACAGUCAUAUCGAUAUGGUUCCAUAUCGGUGCGAAACAUGCAGCUCAGAAUCCGAAUGCGUCGUUUCCAAGAGUGUGUUAACAUUGAAUCGACACAGGCUUAUGCAUCAUUUGCCACACAAAUGUGAUUUCUGCUUUCGGCGGUUCAUCUCCACCGGAAGCCAGUAUACGCACGUGUGGAGCAUGCACAUGGGUAACAACGAAGGUCUAACGUGUGACUAUUGCGGCAAAGGGUUCAAUCAGAAGCGAUCGUUUCAGGCGCACGUUCGUCGGCAUCGCUACAAGGCAAACGGAAAGUACAGCUGUAAUGUGUGCGGAGAGACUUGCGGUUCCAGUUUGCUUCUUGCUCGACACACUCGAAAACAUACCGGGGAGAAAAACUUCGCUUGUCCGUACUGUUCUAAAACUUUUAGCCGAGCGUGCAAUUUGCUAACUCACAAACGGAUUCACACCGACGAACGCUGCCACCAGUGCGCGGAAUGCGGCGCCAGCUUUCGAAACAACGCAACCUUGCGAAAGCAUCACGAUCGGUAUCAUCUCGGUAAAAGCCCUCCCCCGAAGGUGGACCGCAAUCCUUUUGUUAUACUGGACGAUGGCAGGAAACAGUUCCAUUGUCAGCAUGACGGCUGCAGCUACACUGCUUUCAGCAGUGCGUCCAUUUCGCGCCAUAAAGCACGCCACUCAAAGCGUUAUGCCUGUGGAGUUUGUGGAAAGCGGUUUGCCGAACCGAACCUGGUGCGGCGUCAUCAAACCACGUUGCAUUGUGAAACCAAAACACAGCGCAACACCACGACAGAAGCACAACCGGCACUGCCGGUAGCAAACGACGAGGAAAUCACGGGAGCAUUGCUGAAGCUGGAACCGGACUACGAGGUGGAGAUUGUCGAAGAGGUUGAUGGCACCGUGGAAGUAGUUUAUGGUCAGGCAGAGUAAAGUUAUGUUUAUAUGGAUGGCGGAAUAAAUAACAAGUCCA